CUUCUCUCACUCUCUCUCCCUCUUUAAAAAGAAAAUAAAAACAAAAUCUUGUUAUAUAUAUAUAUAUAUAUACACACACGCACAAAACCAACAAACGCACCAACAUUCUCCACAAAUUUUUUUGCUGGAUCGAAAUCCACACACCCAUGAACCUCGUCAUCCUCCUCUGUCUCUGCUUUCUCUCAUUUUUUAGUAAUGUGAAUCUUAUCGCCGGAGCAGGCAGCGAUGCAGCCGGAGAGAACCCAUUCUCGCCGAAGGCCUAUCUGAUCCGGUAUUGGAGCAGGGAGAUCCACAACAAUCUCCCUCAGCCCAAUUUUCUCCUAUCCAAGGCGUCUCCUUUGAACAGUGUUGAUGCUGUUAAUUUUGCCAGGCUUGCUGCUCAGAACUCGCUCUCAACUCACCUCCCCUCCUUCUGCGCCUCUGCUAAGCUGUUUUGCUUCCCUGAUUUGGCUAAUAGUUUGGAAAAGCAUGACACUGACUCCAACUUCGCGUCUUAUCUUAAUCGAAAUUUCACGAACUAUGGCACUGAGAGACUCGGGGGAGUAGAUUCCUUCAAGAACUACUCCGACGGCGACAAUCUCCCUGUUGAUUCGUUCAGAAGGUACAGCCGCGACUCGGCGGGUCACAAGGACAAGUUUGCCAAUUACGGAUCUAACGGCAACGUCGUCGACCAGAGCUUCCUGACCUAUGCUGCCGGAGCCACCGGCGGCGAUGGGGAGUUCAAGAAUUACAAUCCGCAAGUCAAUGUGCCUAAUCUCCGAUUCACUUCCUAUGCCGACGAUGCCAAUGGCAGGGCCCAUUCCUUCGCGAGUUACACAGACCAAACUAACUCGGGGAGCGAGACCUUCACCAGUUAUGGCAAGAACGCAAAUGGGUCCCCAAAUGAAUUCUCUAGCUACGGCAAGGAUUCCAAUGUCAUCAAUUCCAAUUUCAAUAAUUAUGGCGAGAAGGGAAAUGUGAACAAUGAUUCCUUCACAUCAUAUGGGUUCAAUGGAAAUGUCCCCGAGAACAAUUUCAAGAAUUAUGGAGCGGAAGCUAAUGCCGGCAGUGCAAGCUUCAGCAGCUACAGAGACCAAUCCAAUGUCGGCGACGAUACGUUUCAAUCGUACGGGAAGAAAUCCAAUUCCCAGAAAAUCAAUUUUGCUAAUUAUGGAAAAUCGUUCAACGAAGGUACAGACAAGUUCACUGGCUACGGUGAGGGAGCGAAAGGGCAGGUUAUAGGCUUCAAGAUCUAUGGAGUCAACAACACUUUCAAGGAGUACACCAACAAGAAGGCAAUGGCGUUCACACAAUACAGUGAUGCCAAUUCCAAACAAUCAGCAAAGAAGCUGAGUGGGAGUUUGGUCAAUAAGUGGGUGGAACGGGGCAAAUUCUUCAGAGAAUCGAUGCUCAAAGAGGGCACCUUGAUGCCGAUGCCGGACAUUACAGAUAAGAUGCCGAAGAGGUCGUUUUUGCCCCGGACAAUUAUCUCAAAACUACCAUUCUCAACGUCCACGAUGGGCGAAAUCAAGCAAAUCUUCCACGCGAGUGACAAUUCUACCAUGGAAACCAUAAUCAAAGACGCUUUGAGCGAGUGCGAGAGAGCUCCAAGCGCCGGCGAAACCAAGCGCUGCGUGGCCUCCAUCGAGGACAUGAUCGAUUUCGCGAGCUCGGUUUUGGGCCGAAACGUGGCUGUUCGCUCCACCGACAACGUCAACGGGUCAAAGCAAAAGAUCCAGAUCCAUUCCGUCAAAGGAAUCAACGGCGGUAGAGUAACCAAGUCCGUUUCCUGCCACCAGAGUCUGUACCCUUACUUGCUGUACUACUGCCAUUCAGUCCCUAAAGUUCGGGUAUACGAAGCGGAUUUAUUAGAUCCAACAACGAAAUCCAAGAUCAACCACGGUGUUGCCAUCUGUCACUUGGAUACCACAGCUUGGAGCCCGACCCAUGGAGCUUUCUUAGCCUUGGGUUCAAGUCCGGGCCGGAUCGAGGUUUGUCACUGGAUAUUCGAGAACGAUAUGACAUGGACCAUUGCUGAUUAGGUAGGUGCCGACCUCCAGUCAUUUGGGUUGGAACCGUUGGCUAAGAUAACUUAGCCACCUGCUCGAGCUCAAUUUGGUCUAAAUAUCUAAUUUAUUUAAGGUUUUUUUUUUUUAAUGACAAAGAAUCAUGAGCAUUUAGCCCAUGUAAAUCUAGGAUAGGGUACUCGGACCGACCUAUUUUCCUCAAGUAUCUGAUAAGUCGCAGGCAUGUCUACUAAGUAUUAUCCUGGAUGGUUAAUGGUUUUUAUUUUUUUUUUAAUUUUCAUAUAUUAGUUUUGGAGGUUUGUUAUCAUUAUUGUUGAUUUAUGGUAAUAAUCUCUGAUUGAUGGA